AUGGAAACCCCGGCUAUUCCGGCGCCGCGAGAUGCUAAUGAAAUCAAGAUACUUGCCAAUCUUGAGUCGACUCGCGACCAGCUACUGCUUCUGAAGCAAGAUCGCACCAAAUACAUUCGAAGCCAAGAUGUCAUUCGGCUAUAUGACGAAGUUAUCGAGCAAGUGCGCCUGCUGAAUCAAGCCCGCGACGGGACGAAGGUUUAUGAGAAUCGCCUCGACCGUGUACUCGACAGCUGCUUCCAGCUUCUCUCCCUGUUCUUUAUGACCAUCGGCCGUACCAACGAGGCUCCCGCUGCCUAUGCGCUGACGUCUACGAUCAAGCGCCUUUUAGAUCAUCUCACCGAGGCAAAGGUCUUCUCUGCCAAGGACCUGGAUAGCCUUACGCAUACUCUGAGCAAAAUAUCUCAUACUGUGAAGAAUGCCGAUGACUGCUCGCCGUUUUUGGCCAUGGUACAGAAGCUGGGGCCCCCGCUGCCUGCGAUUCAUGAGAAGCUGGUGACUAUUCUGCGGACCAUGGCGCAUGCAAAUACCAAAGCUCGGUUUUCAGCAUCUGAGGUCAAGAAGCUGCAGACACAACUGAAGGAGAUUGGCGACAAACGUGUCGACGAGAAAUUUCAGAACGAGAAAGGCGAGGUUCCUGCAGGAAACGAUGAGGUAGUCGAACUGCUCGAUAAGUGCCGCGCUUGGUCUGAACUUUUGCUCCAGAGGAAGGGAGUCAUCCCGGAUAACUUCAAGCCGAUGUAUGGAACCCUUGUCGGAAUUCGGAAUGACCUGGAGAAGCUGUCCGUUACUCAGGCAUGGUCGUUGCGAGAGACAGAUCUGUUUGAUUUUCAGCGCCAGUUGGAUAAGUUCGACGAAGCAAGGAUAGAUGGAAACUGGGUCGAUGACGACGGAAACCCGGCUGAGCUUUACGUCCAGCGAGUGAAACAUUCAGGCGGAGUGUCUUCGCCACGAGAGCUGUACCCGUACAGCAUGAAGCUCAACUCGAUAGACAACAUGCGCGUUGACGGAAAGUUUAUGGUAGCGGACGACAUCCCGGAGGGGCAGGGAAACGUCACAGAGUUGUUGUCAGAGUGUUUCGAUCUAAAUUACGAGUUGAGGCUAAUUGCCGAGGAGAAAGCUGAAGGUGGCAGUGAAGGGGAUGACAAGGAAUCCACCAGCGCGUGA